UUUUCGCUGUGGCAACUAAAGGAAUAUCCUUAUUAAUUUUCUCUCCUUUUUUUUUUCCUUCCCAAAAUGCUUAUAAAGAUUGGCAAAUGCUCUAAAGAGGUCCUUUUCUAGCGCAAUAGGAUUCCAUUUUCCAUUUUGCCUCAGGAUUCAAGACUACGGAAAAGCAAAAAAGUAAGAAGAAAACGAAAGUAGCACUAGUCCUCACUUCUCAGUAAUGGCUUCAAUGGCGUCAUCAAAUACCCACCAUUUUUAUCCAAACAAAUUCAAAAGUAAAGUAUAUACUAGUAAAUCUUGUUUCUUCCCUUGUAUUGUUUCAUGUAAGGAGCAGGAGCAGCAACAACCAUGGCAAGAUGAAAGCACCAAACAAAUGGGUCGCAGGGAAAUAAUACUAAGGAGCAGUGAAAUUGCAGUUCUUGGAGCCCUCUUCAACUUCAGUGGUAAAAAGCCAAAUUACUUGGGUGUUCAGAAGAAUCCACUUGGUCUAGCUCUUUGUCCAGCCACCAACAAUUGUGUUUCUACUUCUGAGAACAUCAGUGAUGCUACCCACUAUGCACCUCCUUGGAACUAUAACCCUGAUGGAAAACGUGGUAAUGUCAGCAGAGAGAAGGCAAUGGAGGAACUCCUUCAAGUGCUAAAAUCAACAAAACCAGACAAGUUCUCUCCAAAAAUAGUGGAGAAGAAAGACGAUUAUGUGCGCGUGGAAUAUGAAAGUCCUAUCUUGGGGUUUGUAGAUGAUAUGGAGUUCUGGUUCCCGCCAGGCAAGAAACCAAUUGUACAGUAUCGAUCAGCAUCUCGCUUGGGGAAUUAUGACUUUGAUGCUAAUAGAAAGAGAAUCAAGGCCCUGAGAUUGCAAUUAGAGAAGAACGGAUGGGUGUCAGAAGACGCCGUCUGAAAGGUGUGAUCUUCAUAUAUGAGCACUUAUUCUUUCUUCUUAGCAGGGGCGGACCCACCUUGUACGAAGGGUUUCAGUUGAACCCGCUUCAUCCGAAAAAUUAAUUUAUUUUUACUUGCGAAUUUCAUCAAAAAAACAUGAAAGGGAUAGAUAUUAAUGUACUUGAACCCACCUGACACAAACAUAGUCAAGUGGGUUCAAAAUAAGUCCAUGGUUGGGAGUUCGAACCUCCGCUAAGGCACAGAAUUGAAGCAUCUUUUCUUUAGCUUUGCCCUUUUUGCUAAACAUGUAUUUUGAACACACAUUUGAAUUCAUUUUCCACUUCAUCACUUUUGUUAUAGUCGUAGGAGUAUAUUAUUUUGUUUA